AUGCUCGACGAUCGAUGGUGCUCCAUGACCAGGCAGCCGGCGAGGUUGCGCUCACUGUCGAUGCCUGGCCUUGUGGCCAUCAUCUAUUACUCUGUCGCAGGGGGGCCGUUUGGAACUGAGGACGUGAUUUCAGCUGCAGGUCCGCUGUUGGGUGUGCUCGGCUUCGUGCUGAUGCCAGCAGUAUGGUCGGUUCCAGAGGCUCUUGUGGCAGCGGAGUUGGCCACGGCUUUCCCAUCAAAUGCUGGUUAUGUAACGUGGGUUACAGCCGCCUUCGGGCCAUUCUGGGGAUUCCUGGAAGGUUUCUUGUCAUGGGUGGCUGGUGUGAGUGACAACUCAAUUUACCCGGUUUUGUUCUGCGACUACCUGAAGCAUAUCCUCCCGGCGACGGCCGAUGGGACACCACGAAUAUUAUGUGCAAUCGCAUUCGCGUUGGCUUUGUCUUGGCUGAACUACGCUGGCUUGAACAUCAUGGGCUGGUCAGCCGUGGGUUUGGCGAUAUUUACGAUUCUGCCAUUCCUGUACAUAGUUCCAGCUGGUUUGCCUGAAGUGGAACUGGCGAACUUCUUGGUUGUGCCAAGACUUCAAGAGAUGGAUUGGCAAAAGUACUUGAAUGUUCUUUUCUGGAAUUUGAAUUACUGGGAUAGUGCAUCAACACUUGCCGGUGAAGUCCGCGAUCCGCGGCGGGUUUUCCCGCAGGCCCUCUGCUUGGCUAUGAUGUUCGUGAUUGCCUCGUAUGUCUUCCCACUCUUCGUUGGGGUAGGCAUCCAGACAGACACAGCAAAGCUUCGAUGGAGGAACUGGCGAAGCGGCACGCUGACACUAGUUGGAGAAGCCACCGGGGGAGGUCUCGUGAAAAGUUGGGUUGUGUUGUCUGCGGCCGUCAGCAACAUUGGUCAGUUCACGUGCGAGCAAGCCGCGAAUGCGUAUCAGCUGGAGGGCAUGGCGGAGCUUGGCUGGUUGCCUAAAUGCUUCACCCAUCGGUCGCGCCACAACACGCCUUAUGUUGGUUUGGCGAUGGGGCUCAUCAUCAUCUUGGCUCUCAGCACUUCGGACUUCAUUUCAAUCGUGGACUUGUUGAAUGGCAUCUACUGUCAAGCGCAGCUCCUGGAGUUCUUUGCCUUCCUGCACUUGCGACGGGUCUCCCCGAACCUUCGGAGACCUUUCCGCGUGCCGUUGGAGUCCAUGAUCGGCUGCAUCGCCCUGCUGUUCUUGCCCAUAGUGUUUUGCCUUCUGCUUCUUGUUCUGCCGCUGAUAAAAGGCAAUUGGAAACAGGUUUUCUGCCUUGUCGCCGUCCCAGUCGCGGGCCUCAUCCUCCACGCUUUCCUUUCCCUGAGCCGUCGGAGGAGCUGGCUGAGCUUCACUCGUGAACCUCCCCGCACCGUGGACGAACUUCUGGCAAUGCAGACGCCCAUGUCCACCUGCGCCCGGGCACAUCAUGAGCCCUUCCUCUCGGAUACGUUCCACUUGCCUCCGGCGUCUGAGCACGACGAGCAUCUUUGA